GUCAUAAUGGAAUGUCGCUGUGAUAAAAAAUUGUAAAGGGUUCAUUAUCAUUUUGAACGAUGCUUGUCGUUAAUAACCAGGAUCCGGCCACGAUCGGCUCACAAUUACUAUGUAGUAUUUAUCGUUAAUAUUUAGCGCGUUGCAACGCUAUCGCCUUGCUUACUCUUCUUGUUGUUGCGCAACGAGAACCGCGCAGCGUCUCAGUGUGUGCAUAAAGGAGCAAGUGCAUUUGUUACAUGAUGCAUCCUUAAAGAAAUUUUAUCUUUUCCGCGAUAUACGUUGUUUUCAUGAAGAUUCCGCGGAACAAGUUUUAUAAGAAUACAGUUCCGUACGAGUAGCUUUACAGCAACGGAAAGAACAACGGCUUAAGCAAAAUGUCUAGUUCAUACGUUAUCGAACCACAAGAGAGUGGAUCGGACAAGAAGGAUGACACGUUGAUCAUUGUUGUUAACGACGAUGGUACAAUAUCUGUUGAUCAAGAAACUCUGCAAAGUUUGAUCGCGAAUCAAUCCAAUGCUAAUGUCAGCGUUGUUAGACUCGGACAAGCUGAGACAGAUACAGAAAAUGGAGAUAUAACUCUAACGGUAGAUCCUCCGCCAUUUACAACCGCUAACAUAAACACUGGAGGUUCCGGUGCCGAUGCUACCAACUUGGUGGAUCCUUUCAUGGAAAUGGAUUCGGAACAGCUGGAAAGAUUGGAAACUGCAUUGCAAAGCGAAGAAGCAAAACAAAUACUUGGAGAGAAUGUCACAGCCAUGCUCGAUAUGUUGACAGUGGAAGAACAGCAAAACUCGAUACGGUAUAGCGUCGAAUUGGAUCAUUGCUACACAAGUAGAUUAUCACCUUCUGAUCCGAAACCACGAGAUCCUUUGCCUACUAUCGAUUCGCCGACACCCAGCGAUAACGUACAAUACGAGCAUCAACUUUCUCCCAGUCAAGGAACGUCCAAUGCCUUGUCUUCUGUUGCCGAUGGAGAUGGAACACCGCCGGCAAAGGCAAAGAGUAUUAUAAAAACUAGUAAACCAGUAGGUCGUCCACGAAAGAAUAUUCCACCGACUUCCGUUGCGGCAUGCAAUAACUCCAGACCGUCUCCCAGUAUAAUAAGUACGCCCAAGUCUAUCGGACACUCGACAACUCGAAAUUUAACAGGUUCACUGCAUCAGGCUAUCGGAAGACAACAGGGAAGGUCCAAUGACGAAGAUGAGGAAGGUCCGACAUCAUCGUCCAUUGAGUCCUCCGAUUCGGAACCUCCGUCAGACAAUGACUCUGAUUUCGGACCUCGCGGUCCUAGAAGAGGGGGCAUAAGAGCCAGAGGUGGUAGAAAAGGCCUCACUACCAGGGGUGGAAGUAUGGCGGCUACUCGUAGAAGAGGUACUAACAAACAAUUGGAUAUGGAGCAAGUUCGUAGAUUAGACAUGGAAAUGGCUGCUGCAGUAAAUGCUAUGAAAAGUCCAGAGAAAGAUGAAAGAUCUGGAUUUAAUCUUAUUAGAGGUAGAAGGCAGUUUAAAACCACCAUUGGUAGGAAAAGGGAGGAGUCGCAACGUGUUGAAUCGUCUACAAUUUCGAACGAGGACAGUUCGUUGCCGUUCGAAAAACCGCUACAAACUACGAAUCAAGUGAAAGCCAAUUUGAUUAAUGCCAAUAUGAUCAAAGGCGAUAUGAUCCUUACGAAACCAGGUCAAGGAAAAAACAAUCAGAAAGUGACUUUCGUUCAGAAACAAGUGCUUAUGAAAUCAAACGAUUUAAAAGGUAUAGAUUCAAAGAAGCAACUAGUGUUUCCCAAGGGAAAAUUUGUCACCCAAACUGGAACCAAGAUUUUUGCAACCAAAGACGGGAAAUUGGUUCAAGUGCCCAUAUCCGCUAAAACUAUAAGUUCGAACGUACCGGUUAAUCAGAUGAAAGGUACGCUACCGCAAGUUUCUUCUACGCAGCAGUUGACCUUGAGUCAGAAUCAGUCGCCUCAUGUACAACAACAGCAGUCUGUCAAAAUCUCUACACCUGCCAAUAUCUCGAAAAUAAGAUCCUGCGACGUGAAAAAAGAGAAAAGGAAAUCCGAUGGUUUCGAGACGAUCAGCAAGUCCUCCGAAGUAGAAGCUGCGAAGACGCCAGAGUCAAAAAUUUUGGACGGCACGAAAAAACACCCAAAGAAAGAAAGUCGCAAAUCACCGGCAUAUAUGGUGGACAGUCUAGGUCCUGCGCUUUUCUCAACCCCUGACAUUAUACGUCGAGUCGGUUCAAACGGCGAUGCGAAAAUUCAAGAGAACAUCGCAACCACCCUGGUUUCUGUGACAUCAGUUGCCAAUACUACCACCACAGGCGUCGCAAAUUCCUUUACGUCGAUAACCUCGUCAUCGUCCACAUCCCCUGCAUCUGGUCGUUCAGGUGUUGCUGCCUCUGCGCCAACCGAGCGAAUUACGCAUCCAGAAUCUCAUACGUCUACGGAAAAGCAAGAAAAUAAUGAUCCACUGGCAGAGAAUAACGAAGACGAGGCCAGAACGAGUGUAAAAAUCAACGGGUCCGAGGAAUUACAGCCUCCUUUGGAUUCGGGCGGCAUAGAAGGCGAAGAACAUUUGUUAGCUACGUUAGAAAUGGAAGCCAGUAAACACGAAGAGGAACUGCUCGCAGAAGCACUUAUGUUACAAGAAGAACUGGGAGUCGAUUUGGGCGAACAUGGUACACUUGUCGAACAAGGAGCAAGUGUGACGUCUGAACCGUUAUCUUCUAAUAAUGCGGUCGUGCCAUCGUUGUCCACGUCUGAACCGGAAACAGUAAAAACACUGGAUACUGCCUCGACGACAGCAACCAUAACAACUAUCGUAACAACAGCAACGACAAAUGUAACUCGAGAGUCGACAAGAAAAUCUACAAGAGAUGAAAAGGAACCUAUUCAGAUUAUUCGUGGUGGACGAGUAAUCACGUUACCUCCUAUCGAAGCACCGGCUACAAGAAGCAAACGGUUACAGGCAAGAGUCGAGCCCGCUCAAAAGCUGUUGGAAUCAACGAAACCGACGGAAAAAUUCAGUCUGCAAACGAUACAGCAAAGAUCAUUGCACAAUAUCAAGAAUGAGACACGCACAACUGUUACGGAUCAAGACGAAGAAAUUGGAAACGAGGAUAUCAUGGGAGAAGACGAAGAGGCAGUGGACGAGGAGGAAAUGGAUCAGAUGGCUGGUGAAGAAGAAGAGGAAGAUGAACAGAAGCAGGUUGAGGAGGAGGAGGAAGAGGAGGAGGAGGAGGAGGAGGAUAAUUCAGAUUCCGAAGAUGAUCCUGACAGGCUUUGGUGCAUAUGCAAACGACCGCAUAACAAUCGCUUCAUGAUUUGUUGCGAUGUAUGCGAAGACUGGUUUCACGGAAAGUGCGUGCACGUUAGCAAAGCUAUGGGUCAACAGAUGGAAGAAAAAGGAAUAGAAUGGGUGUGCCCAAAUUGCUCGAAGAAAAAGGAGGAGGAAUUGAAAACUAAAACGAACGCGCACAGUGUACUCGGAAAGCAACGUAUUCAAUCGGGUGUCGCUGCGACCGAUAACUCGAUUGUUCUAAAGAAUCUUGGUUCCCCUAACCAGAUAUCCGUUGUCGGCGAAACCUCAACCUCGAUCCCAUCUAAUUCCGAUUACAACGAUGUUCAAUACUCGAGCGGUAUGCAGUGUGUUGUUUGCAAAAAAGAGGCAAGAAAUUCUAGCAUUUAUUGUUCCGACGCUUGUAUACUCGCGCACGCUCAAGAGACUCUCACCAAAGACAAACCAUUGUCGACGGGCUCAACGGCGACUCCAAAAGGAACGAGGACACUACCGCUUGACGUUUCUACCAAGUCGAAGCCUGAGAGUAGAGUUAUAGUUUUCGAAAGAAAAACAGGCAAAGUAUUGAGCGGCGUCGAUGCACCAACAAGAUCAAACUUGCGUACGUGGUUAAAAGAAAAUCCUACAUUCGAGGUAGUUGGGGCGAAUAAUGUCGGCGCGUUACAAAUAGGGAAAACAAUCACAACAAUUCAUACACAACUACCUGGUAAAACGGUAAAAUCUACGCUGUUAUCGCCUGGAAAGGGUCCAAAUCUUCCAAAGAUGACGUACACGAAAGUACCAGGUUCGAAGCAAAUGAUUAUAACAACAGGAAAUAAAAAGUUUACAGUAAUCUCUACAGGACAUCAGCAACAGCCACACCACCACCAGCAACAACAACAGCUGCAGCAACAAUUGCAACAACAACAACAACAACAACAACAACAGCAGCAGCAGCAGCAGCAGCAGCAACAACAGUUGCAACAACAGCAGCAGCAGCAGCAGCAACAGGUUCAAACGAUGAACACGAAACCGAUACAGAUAAAGCAAACUUUGCUAACUCAUACGAAUAAAGGUCCUUUUGUACUGAAAACCACAACAACGACAAAAUCCAGUAUCCCGGCACAGUUAAAGCAACCGGGUGUACCGUCACCUAAGCAAACUCAACUCGUGAAAAGGCCAGAUGCAAAGCAACCAGCGGUACAAUCGAAGCAGCAAGUAAAGUUGAGCCCACCGAAGAAACCUGAAACCGAACCAAUAAGAUUGAAUAUAAGAAAAACGUUGACCGAAUUAUUGUCAAGUCGUAUAAAAGAAACGGAAGAUUUGAAACUGAGCGACGACGAGAUCGCCGAUCUAGCUUUCAAUAUCGAGUUGGAGCUGUACAAAUACUUUAAAGACACCGGAGCAAAGUAUAAAGCCAAGUACAGAAGUCUCGUAUUUAAUAUAAAAGAUACGAAAAAUUUAACGCUAUUUCGAAAGAUAGCAGACAGAUCGUUAACUCCCGAUGCUGUGGUAAGGCUGAGUCCCGAUGAAAUGGCAAGCCAAGAGUUGGCCGAAUGGCGGGAAAAGGAAACGAAACACCAAUUGGAAAUGAUUAAGAAGAACGAGUUGGAUUUAAUGGCGCAGGCAAAGUCUAUCGUUGUGAAAACCCAUAAAGGUGAACAGAUUAUUGAAAACGAUGGGGGUAUCGAUCACGUCGAUCCGAAAACUCCGGUGCAGGACAUUGUCACGGCAUUGAAUAAUGCAGACAGUAUAACGUCAACCGUGGACGACGCCGACAAAGAGGCAGAAAAGACGAGCGAAGAGGAACGAUCGAAGGUGAAGGAAGAUGCGAAGAAGUCGAAGAGUUUCGACGAGAAGAGGAGGAAAGACAAAGAAAGGGAGAAGGAGAGGAAUCGAGAGAAAGACAAGGUGAAGGAUAAAGAGAGAGGUCGCGAGAGGGAUGGUAAUCGGUCGAAAGGAAUCGGCAGACGCGACAGAAGUACCAGUAGGGGCAGGCACAAGCACAGCAGAGACGACAGAGAGCGCAGUAAGACCAGAGAGAAGAGCAGAGAGAGGAAAUCGCGGGAGAAGGAGAGCAAGCGUGAGAAAGAAAGGGAUCGCGAGAAGGAGAAAGAUCGGGACCGCGAUCGAUCGAGAACCCGAGAUCGCGAGAAAACAAAGGUUCGGGAGAGAGGCAGCAAAGAAAGAAGCAAACAGAAGGACAAAGAGAAAGAGAAGGAGAAAGAGAAGGAAAGGGAGCGAGAACGACAUCGGAAUAACGAGAACAAUUCGAGAAAUCGUGCUGGUAAUGUUGGCUUUGUGUACUGCGAAUCGAAGGAACUCGAUAAUAGACGGGAGGACGAGAGAAGGAGAGACAUGGAGAAGAAGGAGGAUUCUGUCGGUUUAGCUGGGGGAUCGACGGAAAAGUCCAUCGAGGACCGUCUUUGGCGUCACAUAGAGGACGAAGCCACCACCAACACCAUCGACGGAAACGAUUCCGACGUAUCGGACAGGGAACCAACUUCGACCGUUACGAUCAAGACUCCGGAUAUCAACGACGACGCGGACAGAGAUAGAGAACAAGAUUCCACUACCGUCGAGAGGGACUCCUCGAAGGGAGGGUGGCAAACGGUUUGGAGGGGGUUCGUUAACAUGGUCGACGUUGCAAAGUUUUUCAUUACCGCGCAAGAAGUUAGCGGUCACGCGAAAGACUUGAUGGACGAUCUGCCGGACACGGUGGACGUGGUCGGUAGGAUAAGUCACGAGACUGUAUGGGAUUACAUCUCAAAGAUGAAGAAGACGGGCUCGAAAGAAAUUCUAGUGAUUCGUCUGACCGCCGCGAACGACGAGGAGAAGAUUCCCUACAUAACGCUGUACAGUUACUUGAACAGCAGGAGUCGGCUCGGGGUAGUUGGGAACGUUUCGAAGAAUAUCAAGGAUUUCUAUAUAAUGCCUUUCUCGAGUCAAAGCACGAUACCGCCGGUCCUGUUGCCCCUGAACGGCCCUGGUUUCGAAGAGCACAGGCCGCAUCUCUUGCUGGGGAUAAUCGUACGUAACAAGAGGAAGAGAUUCGUGGUCGUACCCUCGUCGACUAUACCGAUCAAGUUGACGAAGAAGGACUCGGAUCGAAGCUACACUCCGCCGCUGAUCGGCGCGUCGAAGGACAAACCGUGCGGCUCGAGCGUCGCUGGUGUGGUCGGAGGCACGGGCACGGUCACGGCUGCCGCAACGGCCACGGCGACCUCCACGGUCGUUGCUGCGUCUUCUUCCCCCACCGCGGCGACCACCGGCAGCAUCUAUCAGAAAUCCACGAUCGUUUCCGUGAAAGAGAAGCAGCAACACACUGUCACGCAAACCACUCUGGACAGUUUGAACAAAGCGCACAUAGGAAUGCCGAGAAGCACGAUACUCGACACUGCGGCUAUAUGCAAAAUCGUCCCGGAACUCUCCUCGAAGAUCGACCUGACUUCCUCGCCUGGUAAAGCACCGAUCGACGACGACGGCGACGAGCCUUACAGCCCCGGUCAAAUGGACGCGGAGGAACAAACCGACCGCGAAUUACGAGUCGCCUCCACUACUUGCGUUACAGCUACAACCCUACCGUCGAUUUCAACGAUUUCAAUGGCGAUCGGAAUGAACAGCCCGACGAUCGAUAAUGGUAUUAUUUCUUCCAGUAAAAAUUCGAACGAUCUUCAACGGAAAAUGGAGGAGCUAAAUCGGCAAAUCGAAGAACAGAAGCAACAAAUACAAAGCAUUAGUUCGUCGUUUCUUGGUGAAUCAACGCCUACUUUGCCGGGCCUAGGGCUAGACCCGCCAGUCACCGACGAUUGCGAAGAAGCGUACAGUCCUCCGGACACAAGAUCGUUUACGCCACCGCCACCGCCGGGUAUUUCUAAAUUCACGCAGCCGAUUCUCGACAAAGUAUCAAAUAUAACUAUACCGCCAAAUUUACAAGAAAUUCUAGCGAACGUGAAGCGACAGGAGAGCUCGAAAGUAGACCCGUAUCUACCAUCCAAGCCUAGUGCCACGUUCUUAACUACCAACUCGUCCAUCUACCAAAACUCGGAGAAAUAUUCUUCAGCAUCGCCCGGAAAAAUCUCAAUCGGUGGAUCGAAUAAAUCCAAUCCCGAGAAGUCUCCGCUCGAAGCGAUCGCUCACAGAGAAUCUCUGUCAAAGGAGAAGGAGAGCAAGGGUACCCUAAGCUCUUUGAGCGACUUGGAUUUAAUUAAGAAAGCGGAGGAGGAACUGGCCGCUGUUGCAGCCGUAGCGGCUGCAACGGUGUCGGGAAGCCCGGUGACCGAGCAUACCGCACAGUCGGUUUUGUCCACCGCUUCUUCGACUCUUCCGACAAUAGUAGGGACUCCCGUCCCGACGAUGAUGCCCAUCUCUUCGCCUCUGUCGGGCUUAACGUCGGUCGGGGAUCCUUCGCGCGAAGCCACCGCGUACAAGAGUCCCUAUGCGGAACCUUUCAAACGUAAUUUGGCUCCAGAGCAACCAAAGCCUCCCGGUCUCGAAGACGAGGACUUCCCACCGUUUCCAUCCACGCCACCGAGCGUGGAAAGCAACGUGUCCAGGAUGACACCGUCCCGCUCCAAGUUCGUUCCGAAAAGUGGGAUCGUGCUAAGCGUCAAGAGGAAGAUGUCCGACGAUAUUGUCGCCUCUUCCUGUCCUUCGAGUAAAACUUCAAGAAUAAAGUCACGCUGGGGUCAGGGACCUUCGGAUUCGGUUGACUAGUUUUUCGUGAACGAGCAGGAAGAACUUUCCUUUGCGAGAUACUCAAGUUCUACACACGACAGAUGCGAGUGGUUUGCAAAAUCAACCGUCAACCGUCAACUUAUUGCACAGACUUUAUCGGUUCUGCAGCUUCUGAUCGGCUACCGGUCCACCGGUCACCGGUCUGUGACAACUGUGACAACUGUGACAACUGUGACGUUCGAACCGAACGAAUUCGAUGAAAAUUUUCUAGCCGCAAUUCGAUGAACGAUCAAACGAUCUGCGCAUCGGUACCAAACAUAUCGUACCAAAUGAGAAAAGAAACUUGUUACUUGGUACUUUGCGCGCAUACCGUUAUCGAUACGUAAUAAUGUCAGGCGCAUAUAUAUGUAUACAUAGCUUUCGAUGCAUCGAAAGAGAAUCAGAGUUGUUCACGAAUAAACAUCACUUGUGUAAAUACCAAAGCGGCCGAAAACGAACGCUUUUGUCACUCGUCGAGCCUACCGUUACGUGUACAUAGCCUCUCGGUAAAUUCUGUAAUAUAUUGUUCAAAUUCGAUCGAAAGGCUAACAAGAAAGAUUAUGUAAACUGGUGCAUGACACCUCACGCGUUCAUGUUGCCUGUCUCUAUGUAUAUAAAUUAGGUGUAAGGAUGUAAGAACGACCAGUUUCGAUGGAAAGAUGAUUUUUAUUUUUUAUUUGUUGGUCAACCGAAUCGUUUUCACCGACGGAAACUCCUUCAACGUACCGCGCGAGACCGAAUUCUGAUUUCCCCGAGCUGUUUGUCUGUUGUUAUUCGUCUUCGUUUCAGCGUUUAUACAGCGUUUGCGCACCGUUUAUUUAUGCAACAGAUGUGUAUAAUCGUGAAUUCUUCGACAUGCAAUUUGUCGAGUCUCCUCGACUGUCGCGACAAUACGGUCAUCGAUCUUUAUUUCUCUAGUUUAACCGGAAUUUCAGAUAAAUCAAUGAAAGACUAACAAAUAAAUGUCGAUUCUUCUUUCGUAUUCACUUCUGAUUUGCACAUGCGUCCUAAGCAUUUUGCAGCAAUUCCUGAUUAUAUACGAAUCGUACGGCCCAAUAAUGGACCGAUCGUCGUCGCAUCGUUUGCGUAGACUCUUUACGCCAUCUUCUCCUUUGGCGAAUUCCGAUCCACUCCUGCUGAACUUCCUCAUCGUGUAAUCAUUGCUUCUUUUCUUAUCGAUAAGGCAAUCACUCGCUUCCCUGUACACGUCGUGUAAGGAUGGCCGAGCAUAGUAUAGUCUGUACCAGACGAAUCAUCGGCACGCGAAUGUCCCUGGACAUUAGGAUUUUAAGUCUUACCAUCGCCAAAUACAGUCGACGCUUCUCUGUAACUGCACGAUGCUGUUCAAACUGGACGAUUUCAAGCACGCGCGUACAUCGAGAAGCCGUUCCAAGGAUAGUCUCCUAGCA